AUGUCUUACUUACUACAUUGGUCGAUUACAUUUCUCAUUACAAUGUCCAGCGGGUUCGUUUCGAGCGGUGAACUGGAAGAAGAGAAGAAGAGACGCCAAGAAGAAUGGGAACGGGUGAGGAAGCCGGACGAUCCAGCAUUGGCUCCGGAGCCGGAGAUUUGUCACAAGUCAUUGUUCGAGCAACUAAGAGACAACAAAGAGGCUAAACAAGCUGAGAUCGAUGAAGCUAAGAAAUUCAAAAACAUGAUACGUGGAAUUGAUGAGGACGAGAGUGACUUUUUGGCUCGUGUUAGUCAAAUGAAAUCAGAAGAGUUACGGAGAGCAAAGAAGGAAGAAGAAGAUGCUAUCAGAGAGGCAGCCAUUGUUCGAAGUCAGCAGAAUCUGGUGGAGCCUCCCACUGUAUCACAGCUUAAAGUUGCACCUCCUGAGAACCGACCGCAAAGGUCGAAGCAAGCUGCGAUAUUAUCCACUGCCAUAAAGCGCAAAUCAACAAGUAGCAAUGGAGAAAGCACGGCCGAAAAAAUGCCUCGCCAAACAGACGAAUCGAGCAAUAAUCAAAAAAAUGCUCAAUUUCCUUCACAACCUGCCGUUUCGGCAAUGAAAGUUGUCGGAAGCAUACCGGGUAUUGGUAGUUAUGACGCUUCCAGUGAUAGCGCUUCUUCUGAUAGCGAAGAUGAAGAGGACCCUUACAUUCCCGUUUUACAGACGACGCGACCGCAGAAGAAAAGUUCAUGUGAAGAAUAA